AUGCAUCGUUUUGACUAUACCUCAUUAAUGGUUUAUGUUUCUGUUGAAGAUUCGGAAGCUUCAGAAGUAUUAGAUGAUGACGAUAAUGUGGAUCUAGAAAAGAGUAAUGUUCUCUUGAUGGGUCCAACAGGGUCAGGCAAGUAUGAAUUCAUUGAUGAGGCUGGUUAUGUCGGAGAAGAUGUCGAAUCAAUAUUGUACAAACUACUUGCGGCAGCAGAUUUCAAUGUUACAGCAGCACAACAAGGAAUAAUUUACAUUGAUGAAGUUGACAAAAUAACUAAGAAGGCUGAGAACUUAAAUAUCAGUCGGGAUGUGUCUGGUGAGGGUGUUCAGCAGGCAUUAUUAAAAAUGCUGGAAGGAACUAUAGUAAAUGUUCCUGAGAAAGGAGCCAGGAAGCAUCCAAGGGGGGAUAACAUUCAGAUGGACACAAAAAAUAUUCUUUUUAUAUGUGGGGGAGCAUUUAUUGAUCUUGAAAAAACCAUUUCUGACAGACGUCAAGAUUCUUCAAUUGGUUUUGGAGCACCAGUUCGUGCUAGUAUGAGACAUAGUGGGAUAACAGAUGCUGUAGUAACAUCAUCUUUACUUGAGUCAUUACCAACGGUGGUGUGUGCUUUCUCCAAUCCUCCAACACCAGAUAAAGACACAGUAGUGGAAAGUUCUGAUCUUAUUGCAUAUGGCCUCAUACCAGAGUUUAUUGGACGAUUCCCCAUCUUAGUCACCUUGUCAGCUUUAACUGAAGACCAACUUAUGAUGGUCCUCACAGAACCAAAAAAUGCCCUUGGCAAGCAGUACAAGAAAUUGUUUAGCAUGAAUAAUGUUAAAUUACACUUCACAGAGAAAGCUCUAAGACUGAUAGCAAAGAAAGCAAUGGCCAAAAAUACCGGUGCUAGAGGUUUAAGAGCCCUACUGGAAAGCAUUUUAACCGAAGCAAUGUUUGAGAUUCCUGAUAUUAAGACCGGAAGUGAUCGAAUUGAAGCAGUUGUUGUUGAUGAAGAGUCAGUAGGAUCACUAACCUCCCUUGGAUGUGGAGGGAAAAUUCUUCGCGGAGAUGGUGCUUUGGAGCAGUACCUAGCUAAGAUGAAAAAUUCAGCGGUUAAUAUUGACGUAGGGGAAUCAGAUUUAAAUGAGGGAGAUUUGGAACUUUCAUCAAGAGCCAUGAGCUUGUAA